UCAAUAAAAAAAACACACACACAAAAAUUUCCCAUUAAUACAUCACUUUCCCAUUUCCCAUCGCUUUUUCCGGGUUUCUUCACUGCAACUUCGAUUCUCUCUCUAAUCGCUGAUUUGAAAAAUGGAUGGAUCAGCUGGCCCUGGUGGUGGAAAUGUGAACGCGUUUCUACGGAAUUACAAAAUGGGGAAAACUCUUGGUAUUGGGUCAUUUGGCAAAGUGAAAAUUGCUGAGCAUGUAUUGACGGGUCAUAAAGUUGCCAUUAAGAUUCUCAAUCGCCGAAAAAUAAAGAACAUGGACAUGGAAGAAAAAGUUAGAAGGGAAAUAAAAAUUUUAAGAUUGUUCAUGCAUCACCACAUUAUACGCCUUUACGAGGUUGUAGAAACCCCAACUGAUAUUUAUGUGGUGAUGGAGUAUGUGAAAUCUGGAGAACUUUUUGAUUACAUAGUAGAAAAGGGUAGGCUUCAAGAAGAUGAAGCUCGCAGUUUCUUCCAGCAGAUUAUCUCUGGCGUGGAGUACUGUCACAGGAAUAUGGUAGUUCAUAGAGACCUGAAACCCGAAAAUUUACUUUUGGACUCAAAAUGGAGUGUCAAGAUUGCUGAUUUUGGCCUGAGCAACAUCAUGCGUGAUGGUCACUUUCUUAAGACAAGUUGCGGAAGCCCCAACUAUGCAGCUCCAGAGGUUAUCUCUGGGAAAUUAUAUGCUGGACCUGAAGUAGAUGUUUGGAGCUGUGGUGUAAUUUUAUAUGCACUUCUCUGUGGCACUCUUCCUUUUGAUGAUGAAAAUAUCCCCAACCUCUUCAAAAAAAUAAAGGGUGGGAUAUAUACCCUUCCAAGCCAUCUAUCUCCUGGUGCCAGAGAUUUGAUACCAAGGCUGCUUGUGGUGGAUCCCAUGAAAAGGAUGACCAUACCAGAGAUACGCCAACACCCAUGGUUCCUACUUCAUCUGCCUCGAUAUUUGGCGGUGCCACCACCAGAUACACUUCAACAGGCCAAAAAGAUUGAUGAGGAGAUUCUUCAGGAGGUGGUUAAUAGGGGAUUUGAAAGGGAACCAUUGGUUGAGUCCCUUAAGAAUAGGAUACAAAACGAGGGUACUGUAACUUACUAUUUGUUGUUGGACAAUCGUUAUCGUGUUUCCACCGGCUAUCUUGGAGCUGAGUUUCAAGAGACAAUGGAUUCUGGUUUGAGCCGUAUCCACUCCGGUGAAGUUGCUCCUCCAAUCGGUGGACAACGCUUUCCAGGACAUAUGGAUUAUCAAGGAGUAGGAAUGAGGCAACAGUUCCCUGCUGAGAGAAAAUGGGCCCUUGGGCUUCAGUCUCGAGCCCAACCUCGUGAAAUAAUGACCGAAGUCCUUAAAGCUCUGCAAGAAUUGAGUGUCUGUUGGAAAAAAAUUGGACCCUAUAACAUGAAGUGCAGAUGGGCUGUUAUCAUCCCUGGUCAUCAUGGAGGAAUGGAUAACAAUUCUGUGCAUAGUAAUAAUUUCCUUGGAAAUGACAGCAUUAUUGAGAAUGACGUUGUUCCUAAGUCAACUGUAGUCAAGUUUGAGUUGCAGCUGUACAAAACUCAGGAGAAAUAUCUGCUUGAUCUUCAAAGGCUUGAGGGUCCCCAGUUUCUUUUCUUGGAUCUUUGUGCCGCCUUCCUUGCACAGCUUCGCGUUCUCUAAUGCAAAGAUAGUACACUCACAUGGGGGGACUUCAGAAUAAGCUUAUGGUGUACAUAUAAAUCCCCUAUCAGAAUGGGUGGACCUUAUGCUUGUAUUUUUUAGUGUAUACAUACCCCCAGUUUUUAAUUAUUUAGGUGAUCAUAUAUUUACGAGGCGAGCGUAAAUAUGGUAUUCUCUUCCCUUUUCGCAGUGAAUUGAGUUUUUUUCAAUCCUGUGAAACUCUGGGAAUUUUAUGGAAGAAACAUCCCCCAACAGAUACAGUUAUUUAUGGUAUUGAAUCUAAUGUUUCAACUGAUUAUUUUAAGGCUUAAA